AUGCUUUUAACAGCCAACGUCGAUCAUCUUCUGUACCAAUUAGCCAGUCAGGCCAGUUCUUCUCUCCUACCUGCUCCAAUGGCUCGAAAACAAUUCACUCAACCAUGUCUUCAAGCGUUUCCGGCCAAGCCGCCGAUCGGUGUCGUCCCAUCCGACGGCGGCUCCGCAAGCUAG